CUCGACGAGCGGGAGAGGGACACGCUGGCGGCGCGGUGCGCGAGGGUGACGUUUCAGCCCGGGGCGAAGAUCAUGCGGCAAGGGGACGAGGGGGAUAAGUUCUACAUCCUCCUGAAGGGCUCCGCGGUGGCGCUGAAGCGCGACGGAAAGGGAAGUGGGGGCGACGCGGCUGGCGGCGGCGACCGCGAUAACAGGGUGUAUCGCAGUUACGGCCCCGGCGCGCAUUUCGGCGAGCUGGCUUUGCUGACGAACAAGCCCAGGUCCGCCACCGUCGUGGCGCAGGAGAAGGUCGUCGCGCUCGUGCUCGACAAGAACGCGCUGGUCGAGCUGCGAUCGACGGUGCCGUCGCUCGAGGACCACAUCGUGCGCGGCAUGCGCCACUACGAUCACAUCGAGAUGUUCACGUCGAUGGCGAUGGCGUAA